AUGGACCUGUUUAACAGGCCCGCCAAACGGGUCCGGAAAGCUUGCGAUGCGUGCCGGCGCAAAAAGUCCAAAUGCUCGGGUGAGCAGCCUAUUUGCGCUUCGUGCGCCCGCUUACUCCGGAUAUGCUAUUACGCGAGCGAGGACGACAAUCCCGUUCGGCAGGCUGGUCAGUUGACCCAAGAGUCCAGUGCCAGGACUGUGCCGUCGGGUCAUCCGUCCAGCCGCAGACAGACGCAUAUGGAGCCGGCCUCAGACCUUCCUCUGCACUCUCGGGUAGCGAGCUUGGAGUCUGCUUUGGCGCACAUCAUCCAGCACCCCGAGUAUCGUCGUACCGGCAGCCAUCCCGUGCUGAGGGACCGCGUAUACAGUCACCAUCGAGGUCUCGGCGCCUUCGAUCGACUAGACGCGCCGCCGUCUGUAAACUCUGCUUAUAAUGUAGGCGUCCAAAGCCAGCUCCCUCGGUUGCCUGUGCUAUCCAGGCAGGGCCGGGAACAAGUGGCGGGAGCCUACCUCGCCUUUUGUUGGUGCCAGUUUCUUCCUCUGUUUGAGUCGCAGAACUUCGUCGCCUCUUUUACAGACCAGCCGCCGGAACUCGUCUAUGCCGUAGCAGCAUUGGCCAUCAACCACAUCGCUCCUGACAGGGACCAAGUGUCGAAAUCUGCCGAAUACGCUCAUGCGACCUACCAACUUGUAAUGAGGCACAUUGCCCAGGGGCAGGUGGAACUUUCCACUAUACAGGCAAUCUGUUUGCUGGUCGUUGCUGAUAUUGAGGGCAAGUACAGCGCCUCCGCUCGCGCACGCAUGGACAGGAGUCGGAUGUUAUGUGCUCUCGCUUCCUCUCUGUGUCAUGAAGCACGCCUUCACCAGACCGUACCGGGCGCAGAGAGUCUGCCUGUCACAAAGGAGCGGCAUAGGUGCUUCUGGAGCGUCGUCUUGCUGCAUCAUCUGGUCGGGGAACAAGCGCCGCAGCUGGCCAGCUUGUCCCAGAAUAUGCUACCUCCGUUCCCAGAUGGCUGCUACUCGCCGCCGGCGCGGAUGCGCGAGGUCCCAGAGGCGCCGCUUGCGCCAAGCAACAUCAUGCAAGUCCUCCUCACCUUGAGCGAGCCGUGGUCCAUGGCCAUGGGCUACAUCCGAUCUGUCAAGAACGCACCCGAGUUGAGAAAGUUCCCGUGGGAGGAGGGGUCUGACUAUUCGCGGGCGACGGAGAGUCUGAUGAACAUGGGGCGGCGACUGCCAAUGAACCACAGGCAGCGUCACAUCAAGCUGUCCGAAGUCAAGCUUGAAGAUCUCGAGCAGAGCAGGCACUUUUGGUCUCCUUGGCUCUGCACGCGCAUCAUGUACCACACCAUCAUGUGCAUCCUCAACCAUCCGCUGCUCAUCACGCUGCAGAUACGCGGUGUCCAGAACGUGUCGGAGGCAUUUCUACACCAUGCCGCAUUCGCCUUGUCCAACCAUACGGCAUGGAUUAUCCACUACCUGGACUUUAUCGAAAGCAGAGGCUUCCACGCUUCGGAUCCGCUGAUGGGCUACUGCGUCGCCGUUUUGGCCAGCAUAGAAGUGCAAAGGGGUGUUUCCACCGAAGGGGCCGUUGCGACGCAGACUAAACAAAAUUUUGAAAAGUGUUUAGCGUUGGUGACAAAAAUGAGCAAGACUUUGCCCUCUAUGAGCCGGGCCGAACGCAGCCUGACGAAACUAGCUGGUGAACUCGACCCUUGGUCCUCUCAUCAUUCAUCUGAAGCCGGAUUCAGUCUCUCUGGCCCGUUUGAAAUCCUGGAGUCCUUGUGGAGUAGGCCUGCCUCGCCCGACCGAGAACGAGGACGGCGGUCUUUUCUUCUUGGGCCCGGUCUUGCUGGCGAGCUCCGCGCACAGCAGAACCAGUCACCCGAAGCAGGCGCAAGACUCCCUAGAAUUGAUCCCACGUCCAUUGACAAGAUACCAUUUGACAGAGCCUCGUCAGUCGGUCGCGAGAACGAGGCGCCCCGUGUCAUCGCCGCAGAUCAUGCUGACUUUGGUGGCCUCGACCAACUAGACUCGGCAUUGUCCAUAGACCAAGUGUUUCAUAGCGCCUUUCAAGGUACAAACAUUUGGCCGGAAGGGGUCAAUGACCUGAGUUCUGGGUUUUGA